AUGGAUAAUGAUGACUUGAGAGCGAUUCUGAUGUUCAUGUUGCCAGCCUUGCUGUUCAUCAUCUUGUUGUUAAGCAAGCGUAAAGGCAAAGCUAAGCUGCCACCCAGCCCCCCAGGCCUACCACUCAUAGGCCACUUCCACCUGCUUGGUCCUCUCCCUCACAGAGCUUUCCACAAUAUCUCACAACGUUAUGGCCCUCUUCUUCGUCUCUCCUUUGGCUCCAAAUCCUGCGUCCUAGUUUCCUCUCCUGAGAUUGCCAGGCAAUGCCUCAAAAUCAAUGAUGCUUCGUUCUUGAACCACCCCCAUAAAACCAACCUCGACUAUGUCACCUACGACCGUUCUGAUAUUUUCAUGGCGCCUUACGGACCUUUUUGGAAGUUCAUGAGAAAGCUUUUCAUCACUCAGCUCCUCAGCCCAACCACACUGCAUCAUCACUCACCUGUUCGAGCACAGGAACUCAAGUUCUUCUUGCACAAUUUACUGAAAAAGGCUGAUUUAGGAGAGGAAGUUAACGUUGGAGAGGAGGUAGCAUUGUUGGCUUAUAAUAUUGUCACAACAAUGGCGUUUAGAAAAAGGUGUUCUGAUGUUAAGAGUGAAGGGUCCCAGCUGGUUCAGGUGGUCAAGGAGUUGAUUGAGCUUGGUGGCAAGUUCAACUUAGCAGAUAUGGGGUGGUUGUUUAAGAAGUUAGACUUGCAGGGAUAUAGAAAAAUACUAAGUACUGUUCGAACUAAGUACGAUGCUAUAAUAGAGAGAAUUAUUAAGGAGCAUGAAGAGUCAAGGAGGACGAGGAGGAAGGACACGCAUAAGGAACAUGAAGCAGAGAGGGAUCUACUUGAUAUUUUACUAGACAUAUACGAGAAUCCAAAUUCUGAGAUCAGACUGACGAGGGAAAAUAUCAAGGCCUUCUUUUUGAACAUCUUUGGAGCUGGCACUGACACGUCGUCUCUUACAGUGACAUGGGCCAUGGCAGAACUGAUGAAUCACCCAGAUAUAAUGGAGAAAGCAAGGAAAGAGAUCGAUUCAGUGGUGGGGAAGGAGAGAAUAGUGGAGGAAUCAGACAUUCCAAACCUUCCCUACGUAGAAUCCAUAGUGAAAGAAACAUUCAGACUUCACCCAACAGGAACCAUGAUAUCGAGACAAGCAACUCAAGAGUGCGAGGUUAAUGGCUACGUGAUUCCAGAGAAGACGUCUCUGAUCGUGAACGUGUGGUCCAUUGGAAGGGACCCUGAGUACUGGGAAUACCCACUGGAGUUCAGACCAGAGAGGUUUAUGAAUGAAGAGGGAGAGAGCGAGAUGAGCUUGAAGGCGCAAAAUUUUGAGUUGUUGGUGUUUGGGGCAGGAAGAAGAAUGUGCCCAGGUGUAUCUCUAGCUACCAAGGUGGUGCCAACAACUCUGGCUGCUAUGAUACAGUGUUUUCAAUGGAAACUGCCUCAUGAAGGAGACGUUGACAUGGAGGAGAAGCCUGGUUUAGGCCUUCCCAGAGCUAAUCCUUUGCUUUGUAUACCUGUGCCUAGGCCCCUUCCCUUUCUAAAACUCUAG